UCACCAUAUAUAUAUAUAUAUAAGCAAAAUAAACUGCUUGGGGUCACAAAUCGAAACUCAAAAGUCUCAGAAUUUUGGAGGUGAAAGAUAAUCAAAUCAAAUCAAUAAUGGGGUCGUUAAUGGCAGGAUGGGACUCCCCUCCCAAAUCAGCGAAAUUCGAGAGGAAUCAGUCGCUGACCAAAGAAGAGAUCGACGCCUACUGGAAUCUCAAGAAGAAAAUCCAAGACGAACACCUCAGGGCUCUCUCUCCUCGAUCUUCCGAUGUUGGGUCACCGUCGUCCGUGUCGCCGCCGGGGGAACGGUUGGUGAUGGGAAAUAUGCCGGCGAGAACGAGGUCUUUGCCGGCGGUGGUCGGGGAGGCAGCAGCGGCGGCUAGGGAGAGGGUGGCGGCGGGCGAGGAGGAGGAGAGGCUGAAGAGGUUCAUGAUGGAGAAGAAGAAGGAAGGGUGGUGGACGAGGAGCAACUGGGCUUUCUUGAACGAGCCGCCCGUGAUUGAGCGGGCCUCCAACAGUUAUCCGGCCCAGUUCCACAUCGCAACCAACCCGAGGAUUAGCACCCACUAGUUUUAGGCAGGAAGAAAGUGAGAAUCAAAGCUGUAAAUAAGGAAGCCUGCCUUUUGGGUGUGGUAUGUUUUAACUUGAUUUGGUGCGUUUUUUUUUU